GGCAAGCACAGGUUUAACAAAGGCGAAGAAGUUGAGCAUUGUUAAACGUCGUCUCAAAGUGGUUUAGUGGUGGUUGUCUCGUCACGGAGAAGGGACCAGAGAAUAGCGAGUUUUCGGUGCGGAAGGGAGCGAAUGAGAGAGGGGGAGAGAAAGAGAGAGUGGAGAAUUGGAGAGAGAUCCAGAUCUCAGACUGUGAAACGUGCGCGUGUGUAAAUUCGCGCCGGGGGUGGUUAGUCGGUGGUCAGAAACUCCGAAAUUGGAAUCACGCUAUUCCGAAUAAACACCACGAUUUCUACGUGUUGUAACAUAUCGGAAAAUAUCUCAAGAGUUUUGCACAUUUUACGGUCGGAAACGAGUUGAGAAACAAUAUUUUUUUCAUUCGUGGCGGUUUGUUUGCCGGUGUGGGGGAAGGAAGAAAAACAAUCGUCACGAGGGUCAUAAUCGUGUGUCUGGGGGUCGAAUCUCUCGCGUCUUUCUCGUCCCGGGACACCAAGCGGCAAACGCAAGAAAGAGUCCCAGCAAACGAAACACAAUAAAUCAAACACAAAAAGAAUAAAAAACAACGGACCUCGCGUCCAGUUUUUUAAGUGGUGUGUGUGCGCGUAUAUGUGUGUGUUUCUUUAUUUGUUGUUUAUCGCGUAAGAGACAGGAGCGCACAAUAACGCACGCGGCGUGUUUAAUAUAAAAAUGGCGAAGGCGUUUCGCGCGGUGACAGUGUCGACUUUGUCAAACAAUGGACAGUCAACGCCAAAGUACAACAAGCCGGUCAAUCUCAAUGUUAAUUAUGAUCCUCAGGGUCUCAGCAUCGAACUCUUGUCGGAUGAAUCUGUGGAAAAAGAGCAGACUCCGCUGCUGGAAUUCCCUGUAACGCAUACAACAGAAUGUUCUCGAGUAGCGUCACGGAGUUACGUCUUUACUUUAGACGGUGACAGUAUACUUAUUACCUUUGCCAACGAAUCAGAUUUUCGAAACUUCCAUUCGUAUAUACUGAAGCUCAAAAAUGGCAAAGGAUUGUCGGCGUUUAACGAGCGGACAGAAGAGCUGUCUGCGAUGCAGUAUUUUCAAUUCUACGGCUAUUUAUCACAGCAACAAAACAUGAUGCAGGAUUACAUUAGAACAAGCACUUAUCAACGAGCGAUCCUUGGAAACUUAUCAGAUUUCAAGGACAAAGUUGUUCUGGACGUUGGCGCUGGUUCUGGCAUUUUGUCUUUUUUCGUUGUUCAAGCCGGAGCAAAAAAAGUUUAUGCGGUGGAAGCUAGCAACAUGGCGAAUCACGCAGAGAAUUUAGUCGCCGCUAAUAAUUUGUCCGACAAGAUCGUCGUCAUUGCCGGCAAAAUUGAAGAAAUUGAAUUGCCAGAACGUGUUGAUUGUAUCGUCAGUGAACCCAUGGGUUACAUGCUUUACAAUGAAAGAAUGCUGGAAACUUAUCUUCACGCGAAAAAGUGGCUUGUGCCAGGUGGUAGAAUGUUUCCUUCUCGAGGUGAUCUUCACAUAGCUCCAUUCUCCGACGAAAAUCUCUACAUGGAGCAGUUUAACAAAGCGAAUUUUUGGUACCAAACGUGCUUUCACGGUGUCGAUUUAUCCGCAUUGCGAAGUAACGCGAUAAAGGAAUAUUUCAGACAACCAAUAGUAGACACUUUCGACAUACGUAUAUGCAUGGCUAAAUCUGUGCGGCACGUUGUCGACUUCCAAACCGCUGAGGAGACUGAUUUACACAAAAUAGAUAUAGACGUCGAUUUCCACAUUCUCGAGAGCGGCACGUGUCACGGUCUUGCAUUUUGGUUUGACGUUGCAUUUAUUGGCUCGACCCAACAAGUUUGGUUGAGUACAGCGCCCACGGAGCCUCUGACUCAUUGGUAUCAGGUUCGAUGCCUUCUCGAGACUCCCCUAUUCUGCAAGAGUGGACAAUUGUUAUCGGGAAAAGUCAUACUCGUUGCCAAUAAAAGACAAUCGUACGACGUCACAAUAGACCUGAAGUUAGAGGGAACGAAUUUGGUUAGCAGCAGCAAUACCCUGGACCUGAAAAAUCCUUACUUCAGGUACACAGGCGCGGUGGCACCUCCGCCACCGGGUUUGAACAGUACGUCGCCGAGCGAGUCGUACUGGACGACAUUGGAUGCUCAAGGUGCGCGACAAGCCGUUAACAUGGUAAACGGAAUGUCGGUUAACGGCCUCGGUGAGGUUUCCAUGGAUACGGCUGGUUCGGUCAAUCCCAGUAAUUUACUAUCAAUAGGGGGUCAGCCGAACAUACACCCGGGUUCAAUAUCGAGUACCGGUCGUGGAAGAGUCGGAGGAACAGCAACGAGUACACAAGCCGCGCAAUUGAUCGGUGGUGGUAUAACACCUAACAUGUUCACGUCACCCGCCACUCUUGGUGUUACUUUCCAGCAAUCGCUGGUUCUCGGCAACACUUCCCAUUAUCCGGUCAAUCCGAGCUUGAUGAUCGGUGAUUACGUCACACCAGGAAACGGCAUGUCCCCGCAGCCUUAUCGACAAUGAUCCACGGUGAAAUCAUAUAGAAACGAUUAUUACCGGAAGACAAAGCAAUUACAGAGCAGCGAUAAUCGUAACAUUCAUCAUCAACGUCAAACGAGCUUUUGUAACGGUAUUGCGACGAAUGUUAACGGGAGUAAUCGACAAGUCAACGGCCGGAGAUUAGUGUUCAGCUCGCCUCAGUGUAAAUUACGCUUAUCCUCAGCAGUGAGAAUUCUUCACGCUGCCAAUUUCACAGAGCACAAUACAACGGCCACGAAGAUUCUCGAGGAUUCGAACGUCGUUCGUAUGUUCGGGCAUGCCACGGAUAAUUGGGUACAAGGACGUUUCAACGCUACCUGGGAAGCCCGCUGGAGGCGACUUCGAGCUGUACUCUCGUCGUAGCCGUUUGUCGAACGAUCGCCUCGAAUUCGUUCUCACAAGCUUCGUGACGACGACCCAUUCUACUGGACAUUGAUGUAGCCUGCGAGAUUCCGCGGAUUACAGUACUGAGGAACAGAAAUAUUUUUUUUAAAACGACAAUACUGUUCUAGUUCCUUGCGAUCGCGUUUUUACUCCCUUUUUUGUUUAACAUCGCGAGUCGAAAGAAAAUUACGAGCGGAAUCCACGUGUCCGAAUCCUUCGUAGACGUCAAACGAAUCCAGUUUUUCAUUUUUUUUUUUUCUUUUUACUUCAAACGCGUUAUUCGUACGAGCAUUGCUGGACGAAUGUUUACCUGGUACUAAGAUGAAUUUCGUGAUUUCCCCUCUUUUCUCCCGUAGUGUAUCGGCGUUCUGAAUAUUUUUACAACCUUUUACCAUUGACGAUAUUUCGAGACGGGUUGAGUCCGGACGGACGAAAAAACAGCAUUUCUUAGGCGCUUUAGAUGGGAGGUUUUGUAAGGCGAAAAAAUAACAUUUUUUUCGAUAAUCGUUGCAGUAGAGAUAGAUCGUAUUUUGCCAAUGAUAAGCAACUCUCACAGACCAAUUUCUGUGAAACAUUUUUUAUAGCUCCUUCGAUAGAAGUUAACUUUGUUCGGCGAACUUUCAUUACCGAUAAGCAAAUAUGAUAUUUUUGGACAAGCCGCGCAUUUCGAACUCAGCCUACCCAGUCAAAGUCGUUCGUUCUCAACUCGUUUCAGUUGCAUUUUCAUGAUCAACGCAAUAAAUAAAAAACGCAAAACGUAAUGAAAUUCCACGUAUAGAAAAAAGAUCGAAGCCCGAUGUAACACGGUGAUACAAUUUCUAAACGUCCCGCGAACGAGGAAGAGAGAAAAAAGCAACAAUGGAGCUGAAGAAAUAACGUUUUGUACAUAAUAAAAAGGCACAAUGUCGAUUAAGGAUCUCAAUCUCAUACACAAACGUAUCGCCAAAUAAGCGCGGUACAAUUUCGUAGUUCCUAAGAUUAUUAUGCUCUUUUCCUUUCUCCGGUCAUUUUUUAUUUUUUUUUCCUGUUUUUUUUUUUCGACUUCACAAAUACUUUUUCCGCACAAACUUGCCAUCCGUUUAAGCAAAUACCCUUGGACCUCUAUGUAUUUUUUCUUUACAAAUGAGAAACAUUAUUUUCAGCUACGAAAUAACCCAAUUGUAAUGUUUUUUCUAUUUUUGACUAAAUGGUUUUUAACCCUUAGUGUGUGCACACCUUGACAGCGAGACAUUUCGUGCACAUGGGGUCACUUUGACCCCAGGUCAUUUUUGACAUCGAAUAUCUCGGUAACUAUGCGCUUUUCGCAAUAAAAGGUUUGGUCACUUUUUGCAGCAGUGAAUUUAUCCAACUUUAAGGCUGCAAAGUCGGAUUUCCAAAAAAAUCUUUUUUCAUCGUUCAAAAACUUGCUCAAAGUUGAUAGUGCGCGUAAAAAACACUUUUUCGGUUAAAUCGAUUCGUAAGAAAUGAAAUUUUGAGUUUUGAAAAAUAUCCUUACAGAGUUUUACAGACAAGGGUCCAUGCUUUAAGGGAAAAAUAGUCCACUUUGCAACCCUUCCAAAAAGUGUAUUUAUUUUGGAGUAUGAAAGUGGCUGUGCUCCCUACUUUUAGAGAGGGGAUAACGAUUUCUUAAUAUCGGGGGUUUUACUUGUGAGAUGCUCAUCUGUAAAUGCUAUUCAUGUGAGAAAAAAAUUUUGGGGUCAACCUGACCCCAGGUGCACACUAAGGGUUAACUUAAUAGUACUUUAUGUGAAGCUUCCUCGAGCGUUUCUCACAUUGUUUUUGUCGUUUUCGAUAAAUAAUCAAUAACCGAAAAAGAAUAAUGGCGAAUUCGAUAAUGAAAAAUUCAUAGCAACGUAAAAUAAAAAAAAAACAAGCGAAACUUUGGAAAAAUGGAGACAAAUUUGACAGACAAGAUCCUUGAAGCGUGUGUCGUUUCACUCACUCAAAAUGAAUGCGCAUUAAUGAUUAUGAAUAGCGCCCCAAUGAUCAUGUACAUACACGAGUCAAUUCUACCGAAACAUUUUUUUUUUUCCGAAGUUUUAAACUCAUCUCUGGUUUAUUUUAACGAAUAAUUAACGAAUGUAUCGGGUUUGCAUGAACUUACGAGCACACGAGUGUUUUAACAAUGACUUUUUAGCUUUUUCCCCGACGACUGAAAAUAUUUAUACUGAAAUACCUCACGCGACAGUAACUCUUAACGCGAGGGGACUCGGAUUCUUUCCACUUAUUUUCAUCCUCUUUUGCAGUUUCUUAGCAUUUGACCAUUUUAUCGGUCAAUUCAAUGAAAUCCGGUGUCAAUUCCCUCGCUUCGAGUUCAACAGUCCUUGCAUAAGUAUUACGUCGAUUUUUUACGACGCCUACGAAGAAUCUUUGUGUCGCAUAAAGAAAAGGAGGGAGAAUCACUAAUUUUAUAGAAUCCCAGAAAACUGAGGACUUCGGAAGGAAAGUGAUUCGAUAGAUAUAUUUUAUUGAUUAAUUAUAAUUGAUAAAAUAACUGAUCCCGAAGUUCAGUGAUUUGAAAAAUGCUAAAAAAAAAUUGAUUCGCGUUCAAAAAGGAUCCUCAACGAUAAUUUAAGAAAGAAUUAUGAUCGAUGGCAUGAAGGAUCCUGAAAAUAAAUAAUUCUUCCGAUAAAGAAUGACUCAUGACGUAACAAGUGCUAUUCCAGUAUUGGUCUGUCCCAUUUUUUAUUUUCUAAUUAUUAUAGAAAAAUCUCAUUGUGCCGUUUAUCGAAAUGUACUUUUGAUCCAGGAUGAGAAGAGUUGAAACUUCGAUAGUCCUCGAAGAAAACGGUUCUUAAUUUGACAUUAUCACAUUCGCCCUGUUCCUUUCGAUCCUCCCAUUUCCACACUUUUUCACAACGUUUGAUUCUAGACAGCGAAAGAUCCUUAAAAAUUAAAUAUUCCAUGUUCGAAUAACUAGUUGACGAAGAAAUCAUUGAUUUUGAAUUAGUUUAACGGACCUUCGUAAAGUCGACUGUAACGUGCGUAUACUUAAAAAACUAACUCGAUUAUAUAGAAAUUAGUUUGCUAGGAAAAAUAAUGCCCUCCAAUUAAUCGAUCGAAAUGACACGUUCCACACGAUAAACCGGCUCAACAUGUUAUUUAUUUACUCUUUAUAAUAAUACACAUUUAAGUGGAUGGAAUCUUGGAAAGAAAAUAGCAUCGAUGAGACGAAUUCUAGUCGAUCAGAAAUACAUCACAGUCUUCGAAGUUAUCCACGAAUAUGAUUUCUUCGAUUCAAUCUUGAUUAUUCUCAUUACGAAGAAAACAUUUUGUCUAAAAAUUGAACACACUCGGUUGACCCAUACGAUGAAAUUUAUCGCAAUAAUUAUUUCAUAGGCUUAAGUAAAUACAUUAAGUAAAAAACGGAAAAUCACAUUUUUGAACAACGAUGAAAUCGGCUCAGUGGACAGCAAAAAAAUCAAAUUCUUUUUCCAUUCAAUAUCAUGCUCCAUGAAUAAUAUAGAAAAGUAUAGAAAACGAAUAGAACAAUAAAAAAACAAGAUUGUAACCGAGCCUCAAGUCGAUAGCCUUUUAUAUUGAAUUUUUUGUAAAGUUCGGCUGAACGAUUUGAAAUGUUUUUUUUUCUCUUCUUUUUUUUUGUUUUGUUUUAUUGUACUAGCUCAAGCGUAUAAGGUUAGUUUAGUUGUGGCUUAUGAAAGGAUAAGUUCGAAUCGUCGACCUCGCACGAGAUACGAUUAUUUAUUAAUUGUCUUGCUCAAACCAUGGCACCGUAGGCCUGAAGGAAUUGACGGGUGUAUGACAAAGCAGUUUUUUCAAUUUUUUGCUGGAGCGAUGCAAAAAAACGGAAAGUCUGCAAAUUUUAAUAAUUAUACGUAUACAUAUAGUUGUAACGACGUCUGUAUAAUGUCUCGAAAUAAUUUUUACGCUGUUCUCAUAAUGAAAAAAGAAAAAAGAAAACAAACAAACGAACAUGAGAGUGAAAGAGCGAGAGAAAGAGAACGACGAGGAGCGAGAGAGAUGAUGAAACUGUCAAACAAGCAAAUGUAGCGAAUUUAGUUUUAAGGGCCCGAUUGUGCGACAAGUUUUGCAGCGUAACGAUUCGCGCAUCCCGCCGAUAGAUUCAAUGUAUAGGGGACGCCAAUUUUGAUUUUUUUUUUUUUCCAAUAUUUUUUUAUAUCAAGUAAAAAACAUUUUGAGCAGCGUACGAGUCCUAUAAAUACUCGUUGAGUCGUUUGAAAAUGAUUCGAGUCAGCGAAUGCGUGAGUGUAUGCGUAUGCGCGUGGAUGUGCGGUGUGAGCGAAAUAGAGAAAAGUAGAGAUAGUGAAAAAUCGUCGAAGUAUCGAGAAACUUUUAAUUUAUGCUUUGCGACGCGCACAUUUAGAUACGCAUUAUUAAGUAUAUAAAUAUGAAAAAAUUUCAAAUACAAAGACGUACGAAGACACAUCUGCGAAGGCGAUUAUCUCCAUGGAGAUAUAACGAAUAAUCUUGAAUGCGAUAAAAAAUCAUCACUUCGCAUCAAAAAACACUCUCCUCGUUUUCCAUCAGCUUCCAAUUUAGAUCUUAGUCACUGUAGAUCAUUUAAAAAACGGAAUUUGAAAUGAAAAAAAAAAAAAAAAAAUAAAAAAAAAUAAAACUAAACAAAACAAAAAACAAAAAAAAACAAUUAAAAAUUAAAAUGAUUACGUGUAGGCUAGCUAGGUAAUUUUAAUGCGUGUAUUUUAGGUAUGUAUAUGCGUACUAUAUACGUUGCACUAUCGUCUGACUACAGUGCCCAAUUUCGGCCCAAUAAAAAAUCAUCAUUCUCAUUUAAA